AUGAGUACUGUGGCUUUAAUAUUCCUCGUUUUAGGCAUAAUCCUGGGCAUCUGUAUAGUCGCGGCGGCGACAUUUGUCCUGUGGCGCUGGCAGAAGAUGCAGAGGGCGAGGCGGGCGGCAGAGGCUUAUUCUGGGGGGGUGGGGCUGGAUGGGGAGGAGAAAGGAGGGAAGGGGGGGAGCGGGGAGGGGAAGGGAGGGCUGGGAGGGUGGGAUGGGGAAGGGAAAGGAGGAGGAGGGGGAGGGGGAGGAGGGGGAUAUGAUGGGAAAAGGCAAGGGGAGGCGUUAUUGGGGCAUGAUCAGGUGGGGUCGGUGGAGGUAGUGGUUAAUGGGCAUGGGGAGAAGGGAGGAGAUGGAAAAGCAGCGGCAGCAGCAGCAGCAGCAACAGGGGCAGGAGUAGGGGUAGGGGUUGGGGUGGGGGCUGGAGCAGGGGUAGGGGCCGGAGCAGUGAAGGUGCCUGCUGCUGUUUCGGCUACAGAGUCGACAAUUCCAUUGCUGAGAGCAAAAGAAGAUUCCUCGCUGCUCCUCGGCUCCAUGGCCCAGGAUCAGUCUUUAUCCGCAGAAGCACCUGCAGCAGCGCCAGUAGCAGCAGCAGCAGCAGUAGCAGCAGCACCAGCACCAGCACCAGCAGCAGCAGCAGCAGCAGCACCAGCACCAGCUGUUGACUCAAUGAUUCUCUUUGUCUCUCCAGGCUCCCACGUGCGGCGCUUCUCCCUUGCAGACCUUGCCGCUGCCACUGCCAAUUUCCACCCCUCCCACAUAAUCGGCUCGGGCGGGUUCGGGCCGGUGUUCAAAGGGAUUCUCCCUGAUGGCCGUAUGGUGGCUGUGAAAAAGAGAGAUGAGGACUCGUUACAAGGCGAGAAGGAGUUUUAUAACGAGGUGGACCUGCUGUCCCGUGCCCGCCACCCGAAUCUCGUGGAUUUGAUUGGAUUCUGCCGGGAGAGCGGGCAGCAGGUGUUGGUGUAUGAAUUUAUGCCGCACGGCACUGUGAGGGACCAUCUGUAUGACUCGAUUGGGAACCCUCUGGGGCACCUGAGGUGGCUACAGCGGCUGCACAUCGCUCUGAAUGCUGCUAGAGGAAUCGAGUACCUGCAUACAGGCAUGACCCCCCCCAUCAUUCACCGGGACAUCAAGACCAGCAACAUUCUCCUAGACGCUAACCUGAGGGCCCACGUGGCCGACUUUGGACUGUCCAGGGAGGGCUCUGUGAGCCGCACGCACGUGUCCACCAAUGUCAAGGGGACGGCUGGAUACCUCGACCCUGAGUACUACACUGUGCAGCAAUUGACGGAUCGCAGCGACGUGUUCAGCUUCGGAGUGGUGCUACUGGAACUGAUUUCCGGGCGGCAGCCGAUCGACCUCAACCGGCCGAGGGACGAUUGGAGCAUCAUUGACUGGGUUCGAUCCCGGUUGCAGCAAGGGCAGAUAGAGGCAAUCAUAGACCCAACCCUCUCCCCAUCCGAAUUCGACAUUGAAGUCAUGUGGCGCGUGGCAGAGGUGGGCGUGGUGUGCGUCGAACCAAAAAGCUUCAACCGCCCGAGCAUUUCGGACUCAUGCCUUCUUUUCUUCCCAUGGAUUCCCUUCCCGUUCACUGCCUCACUCUCACCGCCGCAUAAUAACUCGUCUAUUAUUUUCUUUUCUGUGACUGCUCGAGAGUUCCUUGAGGUGUUUCAACAGCAAGCCACAGGCCACUAG